UUUCACUGUGAUUAUUUAAAAUGAUUGUGACAGAGGUUUGUGAUCUGCUUUUCAUUCUGUGAAUUCCUUAAUUUUAUAAACAUACAUAUCCAGAUCGGCUUUUGCCUCAAUAAGGCAGUGCUUCUCACAUUCUGCCUCUUUAACCCUUUCAUGUCAUUUCAUGACUGUACUGCUGCAAUCAGUAACACAGGGUGGACAUGCCACAAAUCAUCAACACACCUUUUGCUGGGGUGAAGAUCCCUCUAAAAAACUAAGACCCAGGAUUUAGAGAACAGACGAUAGAUGGACCUCUUUGUCCCUCCUCCAAGAAUCUCCAGUCUUGGUUGGUUGUAAUCAACUUUUCCUCUGUGCAAACAUGUGUCUUGUGCAGUGUAUACAGGGGAUCCCUCUGCACUGAGACCCAAAUAGGAGCAGAGUAACGAGUCUAUCAACUAUUCUCCAAAACAGAGAUGGCCACUGAAAACCCAGGUGAUUCAUUAGGAUCACCGACCAAGGAGGAACUUGCAGCAAUUGAAGACGAAGAUGUACUAAACAAAAUGCUUGACAAUGCAAAAAACUUUGAAGAGCGGAGUAUGAUACGCGCUGCAUUAAGGGAUCUGCUGAGGAGAAAAAUAGAUAAACGUAAGGAGGAGAGAGGAGAGAGACAGGCUGACUUAAAGCAACAGAGUAAAGCUGCUGCAACUGGAGGAGGGAGAAGCACCUUUAACCAGCAAACGUCUACAAAGCAAGCUUCAGCUUUUACUUCCUUCAACAAGACAACAGGUCCCUCUGCAGCCUUACCCCAGAAAUGUCCCACUGCAGCUGCUCCCAAUGCCAAAAAUGUCAAACAAAUGCUUCUAGACUGGUGCCGGGCCAAAACAGAACCUUAUGAGGGUGUGGACAUCCAAAACUUCUCCUCCAGUUGGAAAGAUGGCAUUGCUUUCUGUGCCCUGGUCCACCGUUUUUUCCCUGAUGCAUUUGAGUAUUCCAUUCUCAACCCAAACAAACCCAGGGACAACUUCCAACUUGCCUUCAGCACUGCCGAGAGGUUGGCUGGCUGCCCCUCUCUGUUGGACCCCGAUGAUCUGGUGAGGAUGCACGAGCCCGAUUGGAAGUGUGUGUAUACGUACAUACAGGAGUUCUACCGCUGCCUGGUGGAGAAGGGCCUGGUCAAAACCAAGAAGAGGCCAUAAACCAAAAUUCACUUGCCAAAUAUACUGAACAAUAAGAUCACCCUAUGUUGCAUUUCAGGUGCAUUUGUCACGAUGGACCCUUCUUAAACAAUCACUUUUUUCUUGCUACAUUGCACCAGUUGCACAGUGACCUUUAGGCUAUCCUCCUAGUUCAGAUAUGAUCAUGAAUAUGAGCCUGUGUUGCCCAGGCAGGGACACAUGAUUCAAAACAAACUUCCCUCUUCAGGCCAGUUGCCAUAAAACGGUUUAAUCAUCUUCUGUAAGUCAAUGUACAUGUUUUUAAAUAAUAUAUUAAAUAUAUCUACAGUUUGAAUGCUUUUUGCAAACAAAUAUGUAUUAUUAUGUUGUCAAAUUACCAAACAAUAUGUGGCAGCCUAAAUAUGCAAUACAAUAUUGAAUCAAAUUGUCCAAUUACUUCCAAAUUUCAUAAAAUAUGAGUAGCGCAAAAAUUGGCAAGUAUAUUAGGAACCAUAUUUGUGGAUCUUUUAAGACUGUCAUGAGUCCUGAGAUGACAAUUGUUUACACAAAAUAGCGCUUGUCUUGUUAAUGUAACGUGUGUACUUUAUUUUACUUUAGCCUGAUCACUGAUGUAAAAAAGGAUUUCUCUUAUGUCAUAA